CAGGACAUACAGUUCACAUUUCCAUUCACUUUCAGAGAGCUGAAUGUGCUGAAAGAGAAAAAGUACAGCUUGGUGGAACUUGUUCAUCACUUCUUUCCUGAAACCAAAGAAGCAGGAAUCUGCAGGUUUGAAGAGUUCCAAGUUGUGUUCAUCUUUGACGGUCUGGAUGAGUGUCGACUUCCUCUGGACUUCCACAACAAUGAGGUCCUGACUGAUGUUACAGAGUCCACCUCAGUGGAUGUGCUGCUGACAAACCUCAUCAGGGGGAACCUGCUUCCCUCUGCUCGCCUCUGGAUAACCACACGACCUGCAGCAGCCAAUCAGAUCCCUCCUGAGUGUGUUGACAUGGUGACAGAGGUCAGAGGGUUCAAUGACCUACAGAAGGAGGAGUACUUCAGGAAGAGGUUCAGAGAUGAGGAGCAGGCCAGCAGAAUCAUCUCCCACAUCAAGACAUCACGAAGCCUCCACAUCAUGUGCCACAUCCCAGUCUUCAGCUGGAUCACUGCUACAGUUCUGGAGGAGGUGUUGAAGACCAGAGAGGGAGGAGAGCUGCCCAAGACCCUGACUGAGAUGUACAUCCACUUCCUGGUGGUUCAGUCCAAACUGAAGAACACCAAGUAUGAUGGAGGAGCUGAGACAGAUCCAGCACUGGAGUCCAGAGAGCAGGAAGAUGAUUGUAUGAUUGUGUCUCUGGGAAAACUGGCUUUUGAGCAGCUGCAGAAAGGCAACCUGAUCUUCUAUGAAUCAGACCUGACAGAGUGUGGCAUCGAUAUCAGAGCAGCCUCAGUGUACUCAGGAGUGUUCACACAGAUCUUUAAAGAGGAGAGAGGGCUGUACCAGGACAAGGUGUUCUGCUUCGUCCAUCUGAGCAUUCAGGAGUUUCUGGCUGCUCUUCAUGUCCAUCUGACCUUCAUCAACUCUGGUGUCAACCUGCUGGCAGAGAAACAAUCAACCUCCUGGAGGUCUAAACUGUUCAGGUGCACAUCAACAUGUUUCUACCAGAGUGCUGUGAACAAGGCCUUACAGAGUCUAAAUGGACACCUAGACUUGUCCCUCCGCUUUCUCCUGGGACUUUCACUGCAGACCAAUCAGACUCUCCUACGAGGCCUGCUGACACAGACAGGAAGUGACUCAAAGACCAAUCAGACUCUCCUACAAGGCCUGCUGACACAGACAGGAAGUGGAUCAAAAACCAAUCAGGUAGCAGCCAAGUACAUCAAGAAGAAGAUCAAAAAGACUCACUCUGCAGAGAAAAGCAUUAAUCUGUUCCACUGUCUGAAUGAACUGAAGGAUCGUUCUCUAGUGGAUCAGAUCCAACAGUCCCUGAGUUCAGGAAGUCUCUCCAGCGAUAAACUCUCUCCUGCUCAGUGGUCAGCUCUGGUCUUCAUCUUACUGUCAUCAGAAAAAGAUCUGGACGUGUUUGACCUUAAGAAAUACUCUGCUUCAGAGGAGGCUCUUCUGAGGCUGCUGCCAGUGGUCAAAGCCUCCAAGAAAGCUCUACUGAGUGACUGUAACCUCUCAGAGAGAAGCUGUGAAGCUCUGUCCUCAGUUCUCAGCUACCAGUUCUCUAGUCUGAGAGAGCUGGACCUGAGUAACAACAACCUGCAGGAUUCAGGAGCGAAGCUGCUGUCUGCUGGAUUGGAGAGUCCACACUGUACACUGGAAACCCUGAGACUGAGUGGCUGUAACCUCUCAGAAAGAAGCUGUGAAGCUCUGUCCUCAGUUCUCAGUUCCCAGUCCUCUACUCUGAGAAUGCUGGACCUUAGUAACAACAACCUGCAGGAUUCAGGAUUAAAGCUGUUGUCUGCUGGACUGGAGAGUCCACACUGUACACUGGAAACCCUCAGGGUGGAACCUGAUGGAGUCCGAUGGUUGAGACCAGGUCUGAGGAAGUAUUCCUGUGAACUCACAAUCGACACAAACACAGUACACAGAGGGAUCAAACUGUCUGACAACAACAGGAAGGCGGCAUAUGUGAAGGAGGAUCAGUCAUAUCCUGAACAUCCAGACAGGUUUGACUACUGGAAGCAGCUGCUGUGUAGAGAUGGUCUGACUGGUCGCUGUUACUGGGAGGUCAAGUGGAGAGGAGGAGUUUAUAUAUCAGUGAGUUACAGAGGAAUCAGCAGGAGAGGAGACAGUAAAGACUGUCAGCUUGGAGGGAAUGAUCAGUCCUGGAGUCUGUUCUGCUCUGAUGGCCGUUACUAUGUCAGGCACAAUAACCAAAGAACAGACCUCAUCUCCUCUUCUUCCUCCUCCUCUGUCUCUGACAGAGUGGCAGUGUAUGUGGACUGUCCUGCUGGCUCUCUGUCCUUCUACAGAGUCUCCUCUGACACACUGAUCCACCUCCACACCUUCAACACCACAUUCAUUGAACCUCUUUAUCCUGGAUUUGGGUUCUGGAGGUCCUGGUCUGGUUCCUCAGUGAGUCUGUGUUCUGUGUAGGAGGGAGAGUCUCCUCCUGUUAAAGAACAGAUCAGUUGAGUCUGUACAGGAUCACAGAAAUCUUUCAGCUUCUUGUAAUAAAUCCAUCGAUGAACUUUGUACAAAGUGAUUCAAAGUGAUUGAACAGAUUCCUCAUUUCCAUGUAAACUUCUUCCACUUCCAGUCCUUUAAAGAUGGAAGCUCUGAUCAUUAAAUGGUGGAAAUGCCGUUGACUUGGACCUUCUGUCAUGUGUUGCUUUGAAUUCUGGCUCUUGUUCCAAUAAAAGCAGAAUGUUACUGUGA